CAGCCGGGAAGCGGAGCGCAGAGGCCGCCGGGACGCGAUUAAGCUUCUGCCCCACGGCCCGCGUCCCGUCAGGCCCCGCGCGGGGUCGGUGCCGGGUCAGCAGCGGCGGCUUAGAGGCCGCGGCGGACGCAGGGCAGGAUGUACACGCUGCUGUCCGGCCUGUACAAGUACAUGUUUCAGAAGGACGAGUACUGCAUCCUGAUCCUGGGCCUGGACAAUGCUGGGAAGACGACCUUCCUGGAGCAGUCGAAAACCCGGUUUAACAAGAACUACAAGGGGAUGAGUCUAUCCAAAAUCACCACCACCGUGGGUCUCAACAUCGGCACUGUGGAUGUGGGAAAGGCUCGCCUCAUGUUUUGGGACUUAGGAGGCCAGGAAGAGCUGCAGUCUUUGUGGGACAAGGGACCACUGCUGAGACGCCUCUGCUGGGCCUGGGGCUUUGGGUCCUGCCUGCACUCGGCCCCGCUGGGCUGUACACCCCAUGUCUGUAUUAUGCAGAGUGUCACGGUGUCAUCUAUGUCAUUGACUCCACCGACGAGGAGCGGCUGGCAGAGUCCAAGCAGGCGUUCGACUUGCCUCUCCAUCCCUGACAUCAAGACGGCCUUCAGCGACUGCACGGGCAAGAUUGGCAGGCGGGACUGCCUGACUCAGGCCUGCUCCGCCCUCACGGGCAAGGGGGUGCGCGAGGGCAUCGAGUGGAUGGUGAAGUGCGUCGUGCGAAACCUGCACCGGCCGCCUCGGCAGAGGGACAUCACAUAGGCGCCGCCUGCUGCCUGCCUGCCAUGGGGACGCCGGUCCCCUGGCCCUGGUGCUAGAGGAGUGGUUCCUCUUGGCUCCCGUGCUGCUCAUCUGGGGGGUGGGUUUACUUUGCUUUGGGGUUCCUCUGUUUUCUCAAAGACAAACUUUCCUUUGUGUCUGGAGAAGUGUAGGCCUCUGGAGGCUUCGGUGGGGAGCCAGGCAGCCCAGGCCAUCUGGUGGCCUUUCCAUGGGGUGCAGCUGCUGCCCUCCUAGCCCCAUUCUGGGGGAUCUGAGGGAGACCUGGUUGGGAGUUGGGGCUCCAGUGCUUAGGCUGGCUUGGGCUGUGUGGGAACAGCUCUGUGGGGCCUUUGGGAGAUCCCAUAGCUGCCUGUCCAGCCCAUCGAGGAGGUCGGUCAGGUCAUGGCUGCCCUCUGGCUUCUGCCCCCUGUGACCCGAGAGGUGGUCUGGGGCUGAACUUGCCUUGAGGAAGACCUAGGCCAUGUCCCCAAAGGCCACUGGGGCCCUGGGUUCAGAUGCAGCCUCGGGACAGGGCUGAGGAGGCCUGCCUGGCUUUACCUCAUCUUAACGCCCCUGGAGGGCACAUACCGAUGCCAACAGCUGAGGGGUCCUGUUGGGAGUGGCUGUUUUAUGCCCAUACUUGCAUGCUGAGGAGUGUUUGUGGGGUCCAGAGCCCUCCAGCCAGGUGAAGCUGUGCCCUGGGCCCCCUUGGCGUGUGCUGGGGGGUUCUCUGUGGGGCCCUGAAUCAGUGCUGUGCUGGGCCUGCAUCCCGUUUGGGGGUGAGGCUGGUCCUGGGGCCCUCCAUGCACAGCCUCCACUGGGCCUGCCGAGUGCUCUGCUCUUCCCCAGUGCGGCUGUGGGCAGGAGCUGCUUGCCCAGUGCUGCCCAGGAUGAGCACAAAAUAAAGAUGGCGAGACUG